AAACAUUAUGUUUUUGUAUAUGUUCAUAAUAAACACGAAAAAAAAAUUACACAAUCCGCUGCUGAGUGUUUGUUGAAAUUCAAAGUACAAAAACCUAAAACGAUUGUUAAAAUUGUUGCCAAUUGAUUCUGUCUAAUCAUUAAUUAAGUAAUAUUUGCACCUGUAUGGUUUUAGAGCUUGAUGGCAUGAUAGGCUUAAUAUAUCGACUUUUAAUUACAAUAUUUACACUUUAUUUGUUGCCUGAUCCGGUCCAUUAGAAUGAAUCGGUUGCCCAUAAAACCUUUUGAAUGAGUUUAGUUUGUGGUGUUUUUUUGUUUGUAUUUAUAAACUGAGAUGAAGACAUCCCUCCUGUAGAUGUGCAGACAGCUGGAUGCUCGGUGAGGACUUACUGUAUACAAACAAGCGCCACUUUUGUGGUUUACAUCAAUGGGAAGAGAAAGUAGCUUUGAGUCAUACGGUUUCCUCUUUAGGACCAAAGCCUUAAUGCCACCAACAUGUCGUAUAUAGCGUAACAGUACCCCCCACUCGCACAUACACACACAACUCAAUUGGGGCCUUUUCACUGAACAAAAGCAGUACACAUCCGUUUGUGCGGGCUGAGUGGAAGAGGCUCUUUUGGUGGCUGCACCUGUCCUUUUUUAUGAGCCUCUAAUAAGCAGAUAACUGUGUCUUCCACUGAGGGAGAUACAGACUCCACCUUCUCCUUAUUUGACUGAAAUUAAUUAGAUCCUCCUUUUGAGGUCACGGCUGUGCAUUAGCCACCAUUUAGCCCUUUGAAUGGUGCUCUCAUUAGUGGGCUGUUAACGUACAGAUUUGUUGUUUAAUCCUUUCUUAGACACCAAGAGAAUUUACAGAUAAUAGGAAAUGAUUAAAAUGUUAUGAUGAACAGUUUCUUUUACAUAAUUCCAAAGUCCUUUUGACCUGUCACUCAUUGAGCUGCUUCUUUCUUCCCACAUGAGUCUGAAAGGACGCACAGACCUGCUCUAACUAAGUAUGACCCUGUGUACAGUUUCCCAUGUGAUGUUACUGCCACCCUGUCCCACACGUGCUCACAGGUGGCUGCACGGUGUCUGUGUGUCGGUGAGUAGCAGCAGUGGUGCCCACGCCUGCGCACUGGUAGAGAAAGUCCUCCUUUGCUAUCCGUGGUGUGCUCUCAGGCACUCCAUCAGAGCCCUCCCAGCCUCGGGCUUUGCACUUUUACUUCCCCCCCUUUGUGACCGUUCCCUCUUCUGAGAGGCACACCAAAAAUAAGGUUGCCACAGCGAAAGAGUGAGUGAAAAACAGGUGAAAAUCCACCAUCAAAAAUCCACAUUGGUGCAGUUUUUCCAAUGUUUGAUUGUGUGCCUGAGAACACGAUGGCUCGAAUCAAAAAAGUUAUCCUAAAGAUUGUUAAUGGUUGAAGGAGGUGAUAAACUCACCAAAUGCAACAAGUGUCCAUGGGAUGUGAAAUGUGAAUUAAAAUGAGAAGGAAAAGCAGGAGCGGCAGUUGUGUAGGCAUGUAUGUUUAUAUGGAGCUCUGGGGUGUAUAAAAACGUAUUAAAUGCCAUAAUGGAAGACGGGGAGGCCACAGUGUUAAGACUGCGUAGAUCUAAGCCUCUUUUUUUUUCGUUGGGAGGGAGCUUUUCUUAUUCAAAACAGCUCCACAAAAGACUUCCAGUGAGCCUUGCCACAUCCCCAUCUGACUUGGGGCCAUUCAUCAGCCUUCCAAGCCUAUCAAUGACAUGUCCCCAUCAGGGCUCCUAUAAAAUCAGCCCCUUUCCCAUGAAACAUCAGCAAACAUUUUGACGGGUCUGGCUUUCCCCCCGCUGGAUUUCUGGAGUCUCUACCCCCCCCUUUCCUCCCUUAUUCCCACCUCCCCCCUUAUUCUCCGCCAACACCACCCUCUCUGGGCGAACCUCAGAUCCUCAACAUCUCCUGUGACGGGCAGUGGUCACGGAAACACACUGCGAGACAAGGGGAGAGCCGCUGAGGAGGGGGAAACGUGCACUAAGCCAUUUUCUUGGAGGAGCCAGUGUCGUUGAUGGGAAGAGGAUGCAUUGCGGGCUGCUGGAGGAGCCUGAUAUGGAUUCCACAGAGAGUUGGAUUGAACGAUGCCUCAACGAGAGUGAGAGCAAGCGAUACUCCAGUCACACGUCUCUGGGGAACAUGUCCAAUGAUGAACAUGAAGAAAAAGAAAACAACAGAGCCUCUAAACCACAUUCGACACCGGCUACUCUUGAAUGGCUAGAAGAGAACUAUGAGAUAGCUGAAGGUGUGUGUAUCCCCAGAAGUGCCCUCUACAUGCACUACCUAGACUUCAGUGAGAAGCAAGACACGCAGCCUGUGAACGCAGCCAGCUUCGGAAAGAUCAUAAGGCAACAGUUUCCAGCAUUAACUACCCGAAGACUGGGGACAAGAGGGCAGUCUAAGUACCACUACUACGGCAUAGCGGUGAAGGAGUCCUCUCAGUAUUACGAUGUGAUGUACUCCAAAAAGGGAGCUGCGUGGGUGAACGAGACGGGGAAGAAAGAGGUCACAAAGCAGACAGUGGCGUAUUCACCGCGCUCCAAACUGGGGACACUCCUGCCAGAGUUUCCAAAUGUCAAAGACCUAAAUUUGCCCGCCAACCUGUCAGAAGAGAGGGUGUCAACCUUCAUCAUGAUGUACAGAACGCACUGUCAGAGGAUACUGGACACUGUUAUUAGAGCCAACUUCGAUGAGGUCCAAAGCUUCUUGCUGCACUUCUGGCAGGGCAUGCCCCCCCACAUGCUCCCUGUCCUCGGCUCCAACACCGUGGUGAACAUAGUCGGUGUUUGUGACUCCAUCCUCUACAAGGCCAUCUCUGGGGUGCUGAUGCCCACCGUCCUGCAAGCACUGCCUGAUAGUUUGACUCAGGUUAUUCGAAAAUUUGCCAAACAACUUGAUGAGUGGCUCAAAAUAGCACUUCACGAACUUCCUGAAAACCUGAGGAAUAUCAAAUUUGAAUUAUCAAGGAGAUUUUCCCAGAUUCUAAAGCGGCAAACAUCAUUAAACCAUCUCUGUCAGGCGUCUCGGACUGUGAUAAACAGUACCGACAUUACCUUUCAAAUGCUGGAGGACUGGAGGAAUGUGGACUUGAACAGCAUCACUAAGCAGACACUUUACACCAUGGAGGACUCACAAGAUGAUCACAGGCAGCUUAUUAUCCACUUGUAUCAGGAGUUUGACCGUCUGUUGGAGGAGCAGUCUCCCAUCGAGGCGUACAUCGAGUGGCUGGACUCCAUGGUGGACCGCUGUGUCGUCAAGGUGGCAGCGAAGAGGCCCGGGUGCCUGAAGAAGGUGGCCCAACAGUUCCUGCUCAUGUGGUCGUGCUUUGGUACCAGAGUCAUCCGGGAUAUGACCCUCCACAGCGCGCCCAGCUUUGGGUCCUUCCACCUGAUCCAUCUCAUGUUUGAUGAUUAUGUGCUCUACCUGCUGGAGUCCCUGCACUGCCAGGAGAGAGCCAUCGAGCUCAUGAGGGCCAUGAAGGCAGAGGGCAGCACAGCAGAGAGAGAGGAGGAAUUCCCGGUGAAAGAACCCACCCCCACCUCCCCCUCUCCAGGAUCCUUCUCUCCCGCUCGCUCGGUGCACUCAGUGGGCGUUUCCUCGGCCAGCUCCCCCACUGCAGCCGUGUCCCCGGAGUUCAGCGGGGUCCCCACCACCACAGGCGCUGUUCAGUCAUAUACCUGGUCCCUUACAUACACAGUGACAACAGCCGGCGGCUCCACUCCUGAGGCCGGACAGCAGCUGUCCUGCAUGAGGAACAGCGCUCCAGUCCCCCCACCAUCCUCCACCCACCGCCUGCCUGUGUACAGAGAGGAGCAUGGGUAUACUGGUAGCUACAACUAUGGAAGCUACGCCAACCAGCACCCUCACUCCAUCCAGAGCCAGUAUCCCAGUCUGGCCCAUGAUCCGGCGAUCCCACCCCCCCUCCACUACUCCGCCUACCACCGCUCUUCUGCACAGUACCAGCUCAACGGCCAGAUGGCUCGGAUGGAGCCUUGCUUGAUGGGCAGCACUCCUCGGUUGCACCCGGCACCUGUCGCCCCCCGGUGGCCAGAUGUGUCGCCAGCUAACAGCUGUUACACCAGCCCACCUAUGCAUUCAUCGCGCUAUGCUGCCUCUGGUGACAUGUACUCUCCCCUGGGCCCACGCAGGAACUCAGAGUACGAACACUCGCAGCAUUUCCCCGGCUUUGCCUACAUAAACGGGGAGGCCACCACAGGCUGGGCGAAAUAAACUCAAUCACUGCUGUGGACAGCCGUGAGCAACUCCAGGCCUUCCAAACGGGUGGAUGCAAAGACUCUGAACACUUCCGAUCAAGUACAUCACAAUAGGAGGACUAGAGAAUGGAAAGUACCGAUGCAAGGUAUAAGGAAUCAUGGUAUGGACGAACUGACAAUUUGAAAUGACUGAUGAUUGUGGUGUAACUUGUGCCGAGGUUUAAUGACAUUUCUUCAACACUUUUGCUCACUGCUGGAGGAAAAUAAUCAUGUAUGUUGAACCUGCAGCAAAAUCAUUUCACAUGUGCAAUGCUGCUGCCAAGCUGUGCCUUUUGUUUUAAGGAAUGUACACCUCUGUUUCCCUCGUAAUCAACAAAAUAUCCCAUCAACACUCAGUCAGUUUGUCAAUAACUGACAGAUCAGUGUGCCGUAAGCUGUGUAUCCUCAGUAAACCGCUGCAUCCUCCCGUUGCUCAGCUAUGUGCAGCAUCCUGUCGUGGGCUCGCUGCAGCAAGUUGGUUUGCUGCAGGAUGGAUGAUCUGCACUGCCUUAACGUUACCAGUUUAUACAGCGGCACAAAUCCAAGCAUAACAAAUCAUAGGACAGAUAUAAACUCCUUGAUCAGUGUGUUAAGGUGUCUCCAUCUUGGAUAGUUUUUUUUAAUGAUUGAAUGCUGUGACUCAAAAACAACUGUGUGAGUGUAUUCUGUCGCGAGCUUUUUUGCUGUUUUCCCGUGACAAUAUAAAUAUAUAUAUAUAUAUAUAUAGUAUGUAUUUUCUGUAACUUUGUAACAUGGUGUAUCCUUUAUUUUCUAUGUUACAAUUGGUACUUUGUUCUCUGUUUUGUAUGGUUAGUGAAAGAUGCACUAACCUAGGUUUGUGUGUUUUAUGAUGCACUCAAAGCUACUGAGGACCUAUUACCCUAUGGGUAUUUAUAAAAAGGGAAAUUAUCAAAGUGUACAGUAACAUAAAGUCUAGUCACUUUCUGUAAAUAAAAGCACUGGAAACCGUCUGUGGUGACGAUUUAAAA